AUGAAUUUACAUCGAAGCACAAGAAAACUGAAACAACCGUCAAAUGAUGACUAUGUUCUUCCAAAAAAGGCAUCACAUCGUUAUGGUAGAUCCAUGUCUGAAAGCAAUAAUCAACCUACUGGUAAUCAAAUAAAUGGAUUUCAAUUCACACAAUGUGUCGCCACCAAAUCAUCUCAUAGUGGUGGAAUUAAAGGUUCUACCACGAAUCCGAUCAUGCAAGUGCCAAAUAUUGAUCGAUCGACAAAACCUGUUCACAGUAGACGUAAGUACUUUUAUGGGAGUUCUACUGAGUAGCACCAAAUGUGGGUAUACAGUGAAAAACUAGAGAACUUAAAUCAUUGAUUAUGAACUUUUAUUCUCGUCAUUUCAAAUGGCCAAGUACUAAGCUUAUACAUAAACCAAGAAAACAUAUUACAUAUAUUACGAUGGACGUUUCUUUGACUUGUUGAACUGUAAGAUUUAAUUACCAACAAAAUAUGAAUAAACUUCCAAGAUUCCGAUCAAAAUAAGAUAUUCGAAUAGAUUAUCAAAGUAGAUAUAUUUACUCACGAGAUCGUACACACCUUGUAACGUAUUCUAGUAUUUCUACAAAACGCCGUAGCACAGAAAACUAUUCUUGGAAUUUGUUCUCGUAUUCUAUUAGACAUCAUGAGAUUGCACAUGACUAUGUCGAUAUCAGAUUAAAAGCUAAAUCUUUUUUUUUUGUGUAGCGAUCCAAAUAGAAACGUUGCCGGUAGAUAAUCAUCAUGAUCAAAAAGAACAUUUGACUUCAGUAUGUAACAACACUACUUCCCAAAGCGUAACCACACACAGCUUAUCACUGGUAUAUAUCUAUAUUGGUUGUAUUGUUUGAAAAAAAACAGUUCUCUAUUUACUCUAGAAUAAAUACAAUGACUCAAAACAAAAUUAUUCCCCUACUGCCGAAAAACAAGUAUCGUGCAUCAAAGGUGUUUGUGGUUUGCGAAACAUUGGCAAUAGUUGCUACAUGAAUAGUGCAUUGCAGUGCCUCAACAGUAUACCAGCGUUUGUGAACUUUUUCCAGAGCUAUUCUAAUUAUGAAAAGAAUGAUCACCAUCUUGUGCAAGCGUAUUCCAGUUUGGUUAAAAUGAUGUGGUCCGGAAAUGAUAUAUGUGCGGCUGCUGAUGGUGUGAAAAAAGAAUUAUGUCGGUUUACGAGAACUUUCUCUGAUUAUGCGCAACACGAUGCACACGAAUUUAUGAUUACCCUUAUCGAUGCUUUACACGACGAGUUAUCGAAUGGAUCAUCAUCGUCAAUCAUUACUGAUCAAUUGCAUAUUAAUAUGAAAUCGACAGUCGAAUGUCUUACUUGCCACGUAAGUCAAACGGGAGAUGAAUCAAUCAAGUUCCUGUCAUUACCAUUGCCUGAUCAUACGAAAGUGUCAGUCACUCUGUCCAGUCUGUUGGAUUCAUUUGAGAAAGCAGAAGAUCUUGACGGGGAGAUCUAUUGUGAUGUAUGUCCUGCAAUCGCCAAGGGUCGACAGCGAAGUACUUUACAUGCUCCUUUACCCCCUAUUAUCAUUGUUCAAUUGAAGCGGUUCCCUUUUGAUGGAACAAGUCGAAAAGUGGACACAUUGAUAGACUAUCCUUACAUCGACUUUGACUUUGAAAGACGAGGACAGAAAGACAAUGAACAUCUUUAUGAUUUAAUCGCUAUUUCGAUGCAUUCGGGUUCUCUUGAUUUUGGUCAUUAUACAGCAUUUGCAUGGCACAAUCCGACUCACAAAUGGUACUACUUCAAUGAUCGAUACUACGAAGUUAUUGACAAUGUGAACAAAUUUCUUAUCAAACGAGAGGCUUAUUUACUGAUUUAUGCAAAGAAAAGCGUUUUAAAGCAAUAUUAAUAAAAUUGGUUAAAUAAUCAAUCAUAUUUCUCUACAAUACGAGCAUGAUCUUAUACAUCCAUUGACAAAGAGUCAAUAAAAAAGCUUUGUAUAUACAUAGAUAACACGCCUAUUUUUGUUGACUAUAACUUUAUUAUAAUUUUAGCCAUUUUUACAUUGUAUGCAAAUCACAUCGGUACAAUAUAUACAUAAAAGAAAAUUCAGAACGUAAUCAAAAAGUAAACAUCCAUUCAACUACAGAGAAUCAUUGUAUGUUUCAUUUUCGACGAAUUCUAUCAUAUCUAAUAAUUCCGUAUUGUAAACUUCUUGAUCAGCCUACAUCAAGUACUAAAAUAAAUAAGGAAAUAUUUCCAUGAGGAACAAACAAUAUAUGACAAAACAAAUACAAUUUUAAUAUAUAGAAGAUAAGAGAUUAAAUUCAAAGCAUCACACGACUGAUUCCGUCCUUGCUUAAGGGACCAUACGGGGCACGUUGAGAAUUAAUUAUUACAUAGCAGAAUCAAAAUUUGUUCAGAUAAACUGAAAAAUUAAGACUCAAAACGUAAUAAUUCCUAUCAAAUAUUUUCAAUAAAAUAGAAGACAAGAGAUUAAAUUCAGAGCAUCACACGAGGUUUCGGCCUUGCUGAAGAGAAUAUAUAAUAGAUAAAAAGAGAUUAAAAGCACCACAAGAUAGCGAUUUUGAUCUUGCUUAAGGAUCAUUAUCAGGUAAAUUCGGUCAUCUAAUAUUUAAAUAUUUAUAAAUAUAAAGUUGAAAUUCAAAGCAUCACACGACGUUUCGUCCUUGCUUAAGU